UCUUCUUCUUCUCUCCGUGAGUCUAUUUCUCUUCCUCUGAAGCAACUAGAAGCAACCAAAAGAAGAAAAGAAAGAGAAUAUAUAUAUAUAUACUUGUCUUUCUCUUUUCCAUGGGAAACGGUAUCGGCAAGGCGUGCCACUGCUUCGCCGGCGACGGAGAGAUCUCGCAGCGCCACAACGACGUCGCGGUGGUCCUAUCGGACCCUCUGAACGAGGGCUUGGGCCAUUCCUUCUGCUAUGUCCGACCCGACCCUCCCAGGCACUCCUACUCGUCGUCAAACUCAGAGGAGGAUAGGCACUCCUUCGCAACGUCGACGGCAUUCCGGACUAUCUCCGGCGCCUCCGUCAGCGCCAACACCUCAACGCCUCUCUCCACCUGUCUCGCUGACCUCGGAUACUCCUCAGCCGUCGACCGCGCCGCCUCGUUCGCGAGCUCCACUUCCUUCGCUUCGAUCCCUCUCCAACCGGUCCCUCGAUGCUCCACUUGCGAGAUGGUCCCCGGCUCCAGCCCGAUAGAGAGAGGAUUCAUGUCGGGUCCAAUGGAGCGAGGGUUCGUAUCUGGGCCGAUUGACUCCGGGCCCAUAGAGAAAGCACGUGAAAAGCUACCGAUUGAAAAUAUAGUCAAGUCGAAGAAACGUCGUCGUUGGAUUGACAUCUUCAAGAAAGUGAUAUCCAACACGAUCGCUCGUGGGCACAAGCCGGUCGUGGCAACGGUUAAAGGUGGUGUUAAUGUUUGUGAUUCGGGUGGCUGUAUUCACUUGAAAGAUGGUGGUGGUGAUAAUGGGUAUUUUAAAGAGAGAAAAAAUCUUCAGUGGGCGCAAGGAAAGGCAGGGGAGGAUCGAGUUCAGGUGGUGAUUUCCGAGGAACAUGGUUGGGUUUUUGUGGGGAUUUAUGAUGGGUUUAACGGCCCUGAUGCAACUGAGUUUUUGAUUUCUAAUCUUUACUCGGCAGUGCAUGAGGAGCUCAAGGGGUUGAAUUCAGCUGCGGAAGGUAAUCAAUCCCAAGCAACGAAUUUUGAUGAGGAAAAUGAGAUGUUCCCAGAUUUAGAUUCUAAUUCAAAGAGAAAAAGUUGCAAGAAUAAGAGUACUGAAGGAACAGCGGGAACAAAUCAUUCAGAGGUGUUGAAGGCUGUGUCGGAGGCAUUGAGGAAGACAGAGGACGCAUAUUUGGAGAUUGCUGAUAAGUUGGUAAAGAACAAUCCAGAGUUAGCUCUGAUGGGUUCAUGUGUUCUGGUGAUGCUGAUGAAGGGUGAAGAUGUUUACUUGAUGAAUGUGGGUGACAGUCGGGCGGUGUUAGCUCAGGAGGCUGAUCAACUUGACCAUCUUGGGCCAAGGAAAGUUCACCAGGACUUGAAACAGAUCAAUGAGGAAAUUCUAAGCAAUCAUAACUUUUAUUUUGGUGUUGCGUGUGGGGGAUUGUCCAAUCUAAUUUCCUUGCAGCUCACUACGGAUCACAGCACAUAUGUGGAAGAGGAAACUGACAGAAUUAGAAACGACCAUCCUGAUGAUGCUUCUGCAAUUUUGAAUGAAAGGGUGAAAGGUUAUCUAAAGGUCACUCGGGCUUUUGGGGCUGGCUUUCUCAAACAGCCCAAGUGGAAUGAGGCACUUUUGGAGAUGUUUAGAAUCAACUAUGUUGGGAGCUCCCCUUACAUCACAUGUCUCCCUUCACUCUACCACUACAGACUUGGGCCGAGGGAUAGAUUCUUGAUAUUGUCUUCUGAUGGACUUUACCAAUACUUCACCAAUGAAGAAGCUGUCCUUCAAGUUGAAUCCUUCGUUGCUUCGUUUCCUGAAGGAGAUCCUGCACAACAUCUCAUUGAAGAAGUGUUGUUCCGAGCAGCAAAGAAAUUUGGUAUAGACUUCUAUGAGUUGCUUGAUAUCCCACAAGGGGAACGCCGUCGGUAUCACGAUGAUGUCUCCAUCAUCAUUAUCUCUUUGGAGGGACGAAUAUGGCGUUCAUCGAUGUAAAUAGAGGUACUGAAAAGAAAUAUAUAUAUAUAUAUAUAUAUAUAUAUA